AUGCGGAACUACAAGGGGUUUUACGCUGUGGAUGUCCAUCUCGCGGAUGAUGGAAUCGUCCAAGCAAUCGGCAGUGGGGACAUUGUCAUGUCGAUGAAGACACCCCAAGGGAUGAAGAAAGGUGUGCUCACAAACGUGUGGCACAUCCCAAAGCUAUCCAGAAACCUGUUCUCGGUCGGCCGCUUCACCAAGGAUGUCGGCCCAGUGACGUUCACGAAGGAUGGGUGCUAUGGAGAAUCGAAAGGGACCAAGUGGAAAAUUGGUGCCCGUGAAGGUAAAGGACUGUUCAAGCUGCAAAUGACUCCAGUGGCGCCGGAACAAGCAAAUGCAGCCAAGUCGUCGGGAUGUCAAGGGGGCACCAAGUCGUACCUCUGGCACCUUCGGCUUGGCCACAUAGGUCACGAUGGACUCAAUUGCAUCGUGACGAAGGACAUUGGAAUUGGCAUCGACAUAUCUUCGGUGAAGAAGUGGGACGUGUGUGAAGGUUGUGCUCUGGGAAAACAGACUCGAGUGCGCUUCCAAUCAAACACUACAGCUCGCACCUCCAAACUCCUCGAAGUGAUUCACAGCGACGUAUGCGGACCGAUGUCGAUGGCAACUUUCAGUGGAAAACGGUACUUCGUGACAUUCAUCGAUGACAAGUCAAGAUACUGUGUCGUCUAUCUGCUCAAGAGCAAAUCUGAAGUUGCGGCGAAGUUCAUGGAAUACGCUGCGAUGGCCGAAACGCAAACCGGAAAGCGCGUGAAGUACCUUCAAAGCGACAAUGGGGGUGAAUACAAGUCCGACAAGCUGGCACGAUUCUGCGCGGAACGGGGAAUACAACAAAGGUUCACACCCCCAUAUACUCCUCAGCUAAACGGAGUAGCUGAGAGAAUGAAUCGCACGCUGGUCGAGUGUGCGCGUUGCAUGAUGGAACACGCUGGACUGGGAAAGAGCUACUGGGGUGAAGCAGUGAUGACGGCGAUGUUUCUUCGAAACCGCUGUCCAACACGUGCCAUUCACCAAGACAAGUCUCCAUAUCAAGUGUGGACGAUGAAGAAACCGAUUCUGGCCAACCUUAAAGUGUUUGGAUGCCACGCGUAUGUUCAAGUGCCUCAAGACAAACGCGCAAAGUUCGACUCCAAGUCAUCACUCUGUUGUUUCCUGGGGUACGCCGAACACCAGAAGUCAUAUCGAUUCGAGGAAGUAUCAACAGGAGCGAUCAAGAUCAGUCGCGAUGCCACGUUCAUGGAAGACAAGUUUGAUGAAGGUCCACGCAACUACAACGAUGAUUCAAGUGCGGUUGAGUUCGACAAUCAAGACGACGACGAAGAAAAAGAAGAAGGCAAAACUGACGACGACAUGGACUCGAGCGACGAUGACAACGAAGACACCAGGUCUUCGAAGAGCAACAUCAAGAGACACACGCGCACUCAAUCACUUGAGAAAGCUACCGUCAUUCCAAGUCCCAAGCGAAGAACGUACAGAGGUCCGUCGCUUGAGCAUGUGUCAGCGGCUGCAAUGGAUUUUGAAGCAGCCUACAUCGUUGAUUCAGUGGGGGAAACGCCGACUACAUUCAAGUCGGCGAUGGAAUCAAGCGACUCCGGCAAGUGGAAAGAAGCGUGUGACUCGGAGUUCGACUCGCUUCAGAGAAACGACACGUGGGAAAUCGUGCCUCUUCCGAAAGGUCGCAAGGCCAUCGGGUGCCGAUGGGUUUUUCGUGUAAAGGAGAAUCAAGAUGGCGAAGUUGAACGUUUCAAGGCAAGACUUGUGGCCAAAGGAUUCUCACAGAAAUUCGGAGUUGACUAUGAAGAAACUUUCGCACCGGUGGCCAAGUUCACAUCGAUUCGUGUGGUGCUCAGUAUGGCGGCCAAGUACGGCCUAAUGCUACAUCAGAUGGACGUCAAGACAGCGUUUCUUAACGGCUCCCUCAACGAAGACAUCUACAUGGACCAGCCGGACGGAUACCUGGAUGCAACACAGCCGGACUAUGUGUGCAAGCUAAAGAGAUCACUCUACGGCUUGAAGCAAUCGCCUCGCAUGUGGAACCAAACAAUCGAUGGGUUCAUGAUCAAGAUGGGAUUCAAGAAGUGCGAAUCGGACCACUGCAUCUACAUCAAGCGAGACGACCAAGACAUGAUUCUCGUGGUGCUCUACGUCGAUGAUCUCAUCCUGGCCAGCAGCAACAACGAACUCCUCAAGUCGACCAAGAUGGCGCUGAGCAAACGCUUCGAAAUGACGGAUCUCGGUGAGCUCGAUUAA